AGCAUUGUGCAGAUUUACACCUUAACGUAUCACUUAGUUAUAACUUCCACAAUUUGUUUUGUUUUUAGUAAGUAAAUGUGAUGUUUUUUUGCGGUGCAUUCUGUCAUUCCAGUUUCACUGGAGGCAUACCAGCACCUUGCGAAACAAUAACUGGUUUUGUCUUGCGGACUUAGUUAGGGCUAAUGUGACAGGUUGAGGUAGGUAACUUAAGAGUUGUAUGGAAAAAAUAGAAUAUCAGACAAACUGUCAUGCCUUUUCUAUCUUGCAGACCUUGGUUCACAGCAUCAUCAGCUGUGAGCUGUCCUUCAAAACACUUGCCUUAACUUAAAACGGAGUCGCCUCAUUUACAAGCAGUUUAUGCACUUGCACUGACGUCAAUUGAGCUAUCUUGGAUGUAUAUAACAGUUCAGACAGAGGCGGUCUACUACAAUCGCCAUUAGCGGGACUUUUCGGACCGGGUUCUCCAUUGACACUUUUCCAGACUUUUUCAGCACCAGGAGACGAUCAAGGCACCGUUUUGUUCGUCUGUCCAUCACUAUGAAGCCUGUUCCCCUGGUCCUGCUCCUUGCCGCUGUUCUCCUCACCUCUCACAUCCCCCCCAGUGUCUGUCGACCACAGGACCUGGCCAUGUUCAACGAGCACGGCUACAAGAGUCAGCUGGAUGAGGUGUUGCAGAAGGCUGGCGAUGCAGUUUCCUACCUUAUCGGAGAAAAGAUACUGCGUUAUUUGCAGAAAAAUCCCCGGUUGCAAACAGGUUUCCCGCCACAGUUUCCCUUUGAGGUGACGCCUCUGGGCUCGAUGGGUCUUGGUCACCUGGCGCGCAGUUUGCCGCCAUUUGAGCAGCAGCGCGCGUCAGAGGAGGUCAACAGCCUGGAAGACUUCGUGGAGUUGACCAAGAGAAACGAUGACCCGCCGAUCUCCAUCGACCUCACUUUCCACCUGCUGAGAAAUAUGAUCGAAAUGGCGAGGAUCGAGAGCCAGAAGGAGCAAGCAGAGUUGAACCGCAAGUAUCUAGAUGAAGUUGGAAAGUGAUACAAAGUGUCAUCAACAAGGGAGAAAACAUAAAAAAAGAUUUCGCGUCAAAAAAGCCCCUGGCACUCUCCCACGAAAUAGUUUCGAUUUUUCUUUGCAUUUAACCUUUGGUUUCUCUGUCAUUCCUCAUGCCUCAACCUGUGCGUAAACGGAACUUCCCCACCUAUCCAAAAAGCCAUUCAAAAUCAACGGGCUAUAAAAUGAUUGACUACUAGUCUACCAAGACCCCAGCUACAGUGUAUUCAUAGUGGACGACUGGAAUACUGUUCUUUGAGAUAUGGCAUAGUGUGUGAAUACUCCGGAUUUCACACCUCUAUUCUCACAUUUGGAUGUCCGGAACAUUGUAGUAGGCCUACAACAAUAAUAUUGUCAGAAUCAAAUUGUGUUAUAAGUUGCACUAAUGUGGAAUAAGUGCUACAUGUUUUAUUAGUACGGGCCUAACUAAGAUUUGAUGUCAACAGUAGCAUAAAUGGUUGGUACAAGGUUAAUAACAAUGACAUAUAGGCUAAUCAUUACACUGAAGUUUCCAGCAAUAAAUAUCAAAAGAACAAAUGCUAUAGCCCUAUAACACAUUGCCAAAGGAAAAUGAUGCUGUGUAAAUUGAUAUUGGAUAUGCUCUUAUGAUCUUGAAUGAUUUUUGAUGGCAGGUAGCCUAGCGGUUAAGAGCGUUGGGACAGUAACCAAAAGGACACUGGUUUGAAUCCCUGAGCCGACUAGGUGAUAAUUUUGUUUUGUUUAUGGUGAUUAUUCAUUUGCCCUUGUUUGGUUAGCUCACUUGGCAGACAACCAUCCAGCCAGUAGAAGAAGCCUUUUCACAUUGAUCCAGGUAUGCUGGUAUGGGAUCUGGUAGUGCCCAAGCUUUUUUGUGAUACAACUAAUCUAUAAUUUUAUCUGGGACAAAGUGAACAUAUCCUACACUUUACACCACUCCCACUCUCCUCCUAUUUUCAUCCGAGUGACCUGUCCUCUGUGGUACUGCAUGCUUACCUUAAAAAAGAAAAUGCUUCAUAUUAUGUUGACUGUUUUGUCAAAAUCCCAAUCAUCUGGACAUAUCUUAUGAUCCCAUGGUUUAGCAGUAAAGAAAAGCU